AUGGGUGACUUGCCUUCGCGUCGAGUCACUCCCGCAAGACCGUUCCUCCAUACUGGCGUCGACUACGCCGGACCGCUGAUGCUGAGGACCUCAAAGAGGCGCGGCCAUCGCGCAUACAAGGGCUACCUCGCAAUUUUUGUCUUCAUGAGCACAAGGGCCGUCCAUCUGGAAGCAGUCUCGGACAAUUCUGCAGAUGCCUUUCUUGACGCGUUGCAAUGGUUCACGGCUCGCCGAGGUCUGUGUCAAAGCAUCACAAGCGAGCACUACCUUUGUAGGAGCGGACAGCGGCAACUUCGAGAGUUCUUCACCACUAAGAAUCCAGAGCUACGACAGAUCGCCGAUCAACUAGCAAAUGAUUGGAUUGUUUGGCGCUUCAACCCUCCCUCUGCUCCGCAUUUCGGCGGACUCUGGGAGGCAGCAGUGAAAUCGGUGAAACACCAUCUUCACCGAGUACCAGGCGAGACCUCGUUAACGUACGAGGAACUGCAGACUUACUGCGUGCUUCCUGCACGUUAA